AUGAUAUUGCGGGAUGGUUUAAAGGUUGUCACGGACGCGUAUGAAAGAGUAAAUUUGUUAAAUUCAUUUUUCUCCUCUUCUUUUUCUUGUUCUUUCUCGAACGAUAUUCUGCCCAAUUUUCAAGGUGUCACGUGUGCUAUUGAACCAUUGGCAACCAUUAAUCUUUCUGAGUCUGAAGUACUUCACGCUCUUAAAAAUCUCGACCCUAGUAAGGCUUGUGGACCUGACAACAUCCCAGGAAGACUACUUAAAGAAGCAGCCGAAGUAAUUGCUCCAAGCCUCUGUCGGUUAUUUAACAUGUCCCUCUCACUUGGACAUUUCCCUACGACCUGGAAACGAGCCAAUGUUACGCCUAUUUUUAAGAAAGAUGAUCCCUCACUUCCUUCAAACUAUAGACCCAUUUCCUUACUUUGUAUUUUAUCAAAGGUAUUUGAACGAUGUGUUUCAUACCAUUGUCAACAUCACUUGUCACAGUUCAUCUACGAUUUCCAACAUGGUUUUCGCAAAGGACGUUCAACAGAAUCUCAGCUACUAGAAGUUUAUCAUGAUAUAUUAGAUUCUCUUGCACGUGGUAAGGAGGUUGAUGUUUUAUAUCUGGAUCUCGCGAAGGCCUUCGAUAAAGUACCUCACCACUUGCUGAUUGCAAAAUUGGAACGAUAUGGUAUUUCCGGAUCCCUGCUACAGUGGUUGAAGAGUUAUCUGACUGACAGACACCAACGUGUUGUUCUUGAUGGGAUCUAUUCCGAUUGGCUUCCAGCAAGUUCGGGGGUUCCACAAGGAUCAAUUCUUGGGCCGCUCUUAUUCCUUGUUUUUAUCAAUGACUUACCCAACUAUAUCCAUUCGGAUUCAAACUUGGCACUAUUUGCGGAUGAUUCGAAAUUGUAUAGAACAUUAGACUCCCCAUCUUCGCAAUCUCUUCUCCAACAAGAUCUCGAUGGCCUACACCGAUGGAGUUUGGAUUCUAGCAUGUCCUUCAAUGUCCUGAAAUGUAAAGCUCUUCAUAUUUCAAAAAAACGAAUCCCUAGUGACUGCUGGUCAUAUCGAUUGGGUUCUGAAUACCUAGAAUGCGUCCCUUUUAUUAAAGAUCUGGGCAUCGUCAUAUCCUGUGACUUGCAGUGGGGAAGACACAUCGAGGAAAUGGUUUCUAAAGCAAACCGGAAACUUGGAUUGGUGAAACGAGUUUGUAGGGAUAUUACAGAUAUAAGUACCCGCAAACUUCUUUUUUGCUCUCUGGUUCUCCCACAUCUCGAAUACUGUUCCAGCGCAUGGUCACCAUCGACAGUCAAACAUCGAGCUUUGGUUGAAAAUGUCCAGAGGCGAGCGACUAAGUUCAUCUUAAAUUAUCCACCACGCGAAGUUUCGUACCCGGACAGACUGAGAAAUCUAGGCCUUUUGCCGCUAAGAUUUCGCAGAGAACUGAAGGACCUAAUACUGUUAUUUAAAUGUCGUUGCGGUACUAUACAUCUUAACUGUGAAAAAUAUUUUUCUCCAGUUUCAAGCCGCUACUCAACUCGAAACUUUGAUCCAAACAAUCUUAAAAUAAUAACUGACCAUAAGCAAAACUAUUACAGAAACUCUUUUUUUCCAAGGGUUAUUGAACUAUGGAACAAUCUACCACAUGAUUUUAAGAAAUGCCAGUCCGUUUCUAUUUUUAAAUCAAACCUGCAUGGAUAUUUUUCGGACAGGCUGCAAACGUACACACCGCCGUAGUUGGUUUUAGAGACAGUCCGACUUCUAAAAUCUGGAUAUUUGCUUUUUUAUUGUAUUGUUCUUGUUGGGGUUGGUUGUCAAUUGGGAAAUUCUCCUGUUACCUUCUCCUGUCAUUGUUUCUGUAAAUAUGUAAUUGUCCUUUGUUGUAAUUGUGACAAAUUCAUUAAAUUAAAUUAAAUUAAAUUAAAUUUUAUGAAGCGCUUAGGGAACAAUUUUACCAAUUGAGGCUUAUAUUACGUAUAAUAACAUACCUAACAUAUAUAUGUUAGGAAAUUAAUAAUUUUGUAAUUAAAAGCGAUAUUUUUAGGCGAUUUUUCAUUUGUAAGAAUAUUCUUAAAAAAUUAUCAUGUUACCAUGACAACUACUUUAGAUACUUCAUGUUCGGAAAAUACAAUGGUUUUGUCAGCAAGGCGAGGGUUUCUGCAUGUAUGUAUUUUCUAGUAUACCGGAUGCUAAAUAUGCUAAAAUACUAGUCAAAAAUCGAUUAACCGAAGCAACAAUAUCUCAGCUAACUGCAAAACACUAUACGACAAUAAAGAUUACCGUUCUUGGUGACAUUUUGGCAAUUCUUGGUCAUAUCCAGACUGUACUCUUCUCUCCAGCUCUGCAAGCACCUCACGUUGAAAGUACUACAUCUACAGCCACACAGUUCAAGCCUGCACCUGCCGCCAUCAAACUUCCUUUAGUGAGUUCUAACAUGACACAUCCUCAGUUUCAAAAGUUUCUCAUUGAUUGGUCUGUAUACAAGAAAAUCACUCUCCUACCUACAUGACUCGCAUUUAUGCAGCACUUGUGAUGAAUCCAUUCAGAAUACACUCAUUAACUCCUUCCCAGUGUUUUUACAGUUGCCUGAGGGCCAAAUGCUUAAGAGAAACAUCGAAAGUGUUGUGACAAAACAUGCUAAUCCUGUCGUGCAUCGAAUGAACUUUGGUAAUUUAACACAGCAUGAGUCUGAGUCAAUCCAAGAUUUCUUAGUUCACAUGUGAACUCUCGCUAUUGACUGUGAAUUCUCUUCCCUACAUGCUCUGUAAACAUUUCAGCAAUGCACAUUAGGGAUCAGUUUAUCUGUGGGCUACACAACGUACAACUUCAGACGGACAUUCUAGCCAAGGCUUGCAACCUCAAGACUGUCGAGGACAUUGUUAAGCAUGCCGAGGUGUUUGAAAGACUGCCCUUUGUGACCAAUCACAAUUUCAACACUCUGCUGACGUUCACACUGUUCGAGCUUCGCCAUAUCGCAAGCAAAAGCAACAGAACUUCCCACCUAACCAAACUUGCAAUGGUUGUGGUAGCAAAGACCAUGGCAUCCCUGGCAUGCCUCCUUGUCAUUCCCAUUGUCCCGCGUGGGAAAGACAUGUAACUCCUGCAAGCAUCUGAAUCAUAUGUCUGCCAUAUGCCGACAGCCCAGCACAGCCAGUGGACUCAUUGCACAUGUGAAAUACCAAACCGAUGGUGAUACCCUUUACUUCUGCUAAUGCAAUCAAAGAAAUUCAAGCCCACCUAACUCCUGACAUGACAGGGGCCACAACUGUUCCUCUCCAUAUUUUUCCUGACAGUGGUGCUAAUAUCUGCUUAGCUUAGGCCCAAAACAGCUUACCCAUUUGGGCUUAACCCACCAGCUUCGCCCUUGUAACAAACAUGUUAAAACAGUCGAUGGCUCCAUUCUCACAUGCACCGGUUGGAUCCCUGUCAAGUUUGAGAUCAAGGGACAUGCUACUACUCAGCCCUUGUUUAUUUGCAACAAGGUCGAUCGCCUGUAUUUUAGUAAGCAGGGAUGUAUCGAAACAAGAAUCUUACUUCCACAGUACCCCCAACCAAUGGCCAAUUCGAUUUCAGCAGUUUCCACUCCUCCCACUGCACAACCAUGUCCACCACCGCCUAAACCACCAUCCCAGCUCUCUUAUCCUGCUACGCUAGAAAAUGUCCCCAAGCUUGAAGCCUACAUUCGAGAGCAGUUUGCAACCACUGCCUUCAACAACUCACCACCUUUCCCGUCAUUAUCUGGCCCACCUUCUCAUAUCCACCUGCAACCUAAUGCUGUCCCUUACACUCGACACACACCCAUCCCAGUUCCCCACCACUGGAAGGCCAAGGUCAAGGAGAGCUUAGACAGAGAUGUCCAAUGAGGCAUCAUUGCCCCAGUACCUAUUGGAAGCCCUGUUUCAAGGUAUAGCCUGAUGGUCGUUGUCUCUAAGGAAGAUGGUUCUCCACAACGCACAAUCUACUUCCAGUGACUGAAUGCUCAGUGUCAAUGCGAAACUCACCACUCCUCUACUCCAUUCCAACUGGCAUUUCAAGUACCAGCACACACCAAGAAGUCUGUUGUUGAUGCCGUGGAUGUCUUUCAUUCUGUGGCUUUAGGUAGCGAAAGCCAACCCUUAACAAUGUUCAUUACAGAGUGGGGUAGGUUUAUGUACCUACUAACGCCUCAAAGGUUUGUGGCUGCGGGUGACGCAUACACACGCUGUUACGAUGAAAUCAUAGAUGGUGUCGAGUGGAAAGUCAAGAUCGUUGAUGAUACCCUCUUAUACAACAAGUAAAUUGAGCAAGCGUUUUAUCACAUGUGGGACUAUCUUACACAUUGUGCGAACAAUGGUGUUGUGGUAAAUGCUAAGAAAUUCAAAUUUUGCCAAACACGGUCGACUUGACGAUCCCUCCCACUAGAGUCACCCCUUCUGCCAAAACCUUGUCGUCGAUCUGUGAUUUUCAUAGACCAACCGACCUUACCAGUGCAAGAUCCUGGUUUGGACUUGUGAAUCAAGUCGCUUGGGCCCAUGCUAUCAGCCCCAUUAUGCAACCCUUCUGUGAGCUUAUUAAACCUAAUCAAAAGUUCUACUGGGACAAUACCUUAGAUACUCUGUUCGAGUCAUCCAAGUCCGUCCUCAUUGACCUUGUGAAAGACGGGGUGCAAUCGUAUGACAUCUCCAGAACCACCUGUAUCCAACCAGAUUGGAGUAAAGCUGGGGUCGGUUACCUCCUGCUACAAAAGCAUUGUCAGUGUGCUAUUGUUUUUCCUGUUUGUUGCAAAAAUGGUUGGAAACUUAUCCACACAGGAUCUCGUUUGACAAAUCCAGCUGAAAGCAACUGUGCACCAACAGAGGGUGAGGCAUUGGCAGUGGCCUGA